AUGCCCACCAGCACCAACGCUACCCCGUCCACCCAAACCCAAACCGCGCCCCCACAACAACAGAAACAACAGAAACAACAACCACGACCACGACCACAACCACAACCACAACCACAACAACCACAACAACCACAACAACCACAACAACCACAACAACCACAACAACCACAACAACCACAACAACCACAACAACCACAACAACCACAACAACCACAACAACCACAACAACUACAACAACCACAACAACCACAACAACCACAACAACCACAACAACCACAACAAUACAACAACUACAACAACCACAACAACCACAAUACCACAACAACUCGACAACUAUCACAACCAUAUAACAUACAAUACACAACCACGAUACUAUACACGCUCAUUCAAGACUUCGGCCCAUUUCGCGUGACAGCGGGCGCGCCGCCCUCGCCGUGUGGGGCCACCAGCCCGCCGCCGUCCGCCACCACCCCGCGGCCCUCCCGCCCCACGUGGGGAUCGUGUGCCCCGAGGAUGGGGUCCGGCGUGAUCUUGUCGUGGGCCAGGGUCGUCGGGUGGGCGGUGUACCCUCCCCCGCCGGGGGUGGUGGUGGUUGGAGGGGAGGGGAGUGGUGGUGGUGGUGGGGAGGGGGGUGUGAGGGAGAGGGGGGGUCGUACGGCCGGGGUGGUGGGGGUGCCGCUUGCUGGGACCGGGGAGGUUGUGGGGUUUCGGUUGAGGGCGGUGGAGGCUGAGACGUGGCGGCGGUUGGAGAUGGUGAGGCCGUGGGGGAUGCCCGAGCCGUAUGUUGGGUGGGUGGGCCAUAUGAUACGCACCAAUGCCACGGUGAUGGCGGUGCCGACGUUGCUGAAUGAGUUUGCCAGGGCGUGGUACUAUUGUAUGCGCCAGCCGUCGGGGCGUGAUGAGCAGCAGCAGAGGAAUAUCGCGGGGUUGAUCCUGUGGAUUCUGUGGCGGCUCAUGGGGGACGUUGAUGUACACGGGGAGAGGGCGAGGUGGAAAUUGACGGCGCAGAAUGUACCGAUCGUUUCAUAUUGGGGAUUUUGGCGCUUAUUUGUGGCGACGUAUCCCGAGGCGUUGAACCUGAUGAAGAAAUGCGGCGUUCCUCUUAUCACAGAGCCGUGA